AUGGUCUUGGCCCCUUUGCGAUGCUUUUGCUGCUUUUGCUGCUCGUCUCCAAGGUUCAUGUCAGUACCUCAUACAAACUUCCCGCGAAAGUUCGAGACUAGAACGACUCUUCCCAAUGGGCAACGACCUCCGGUCUCCCGUCAGUCUCCCGUUGUGUUUCUGAGCCUGAAAACUGCGGCUGGUGAACAUCAGACUGAACGGUGUCCCAUCAAUACGACCGACAUCAGACCAAGACACGGCGGCACGUGGGCGCCCGCCUUCACCUCGAAGCAGUCUGGUUGCGCCGCGGGUGCCGAGUACGCCGCAACGUAUGUACAAUCCUGGACCAGCGUGAUUGUUAAUUAG